AAAUUUCACAGUUUUUAUUAAAAAAUUCUAUAAUUUUUAAAAUUAUUCUGUAUCAAAAAUUAAUGUUUUUAUAAAAUAUUUUUUUUAUAUUUUAUAUCAAUAUUAUUUUUUAUUUUAUUUAAAAUCUUAAUCUUCUUUUUCACUGAAAACAAUAAUUAUAUAUAUUGAUUAGUUUAAAUGAUUGAAAAUGAUGACUUUAUAAAAAUUUCUUUCUUUUUCAAAUUUUUUAUUUCUUUCAACAUUAAGAUUUAACAAAAUAUAUAAUUUUCUCGUGUCUUUAUUAAUUGUCACUAUUUCUUCUAACGAAUUUCUAUAUAUGUACAUUCGCGCCAUUAUAUGAAAACGCUCCAUAAACUUUAGAGAAAUUAAGGUUAUCAACGUUUUCAUUGAUUCAAGUAUGCAACAUAUAAUACUAAAAUAUUAAACAUAUGUAGAAAAUGAUUGGUAAUUUAUUUUAUAUAAAAUUUUACAAUCCAGUAUAAUAUUUUGAUUAAAUGUAUCUGUAUUUUUAAAUUUUCCAUUUUUUUUCGUUUUUCUCAUAUAGAUUAUAAUAAUAAUAAUUUUUUAUCAAGUUAUUUUCAUAUAUAUAAAAAAUUUAAAAUUGAAAUUAUUGAUUAUAUCAUAUCCAAUGAAAAUAAAUUAUCAUUUAAUUAAUUCCAUGUGAAUUUUAAUUGGUUUAGAAAAAUAUUUCAAGAAAUAUAUAUUAUUUUAUUUAAUAAUUAUUUUAUUUUUAUUUAGUGAUUUUUCAUUAACAUAAAUUUAUAAUAAUGAUUUUUCAUUUAUAUGAAUUUAUUUUAUUUUUAUUUAAUUCUAUAUGAAUCUUCUUGAUAUGAAUUUUAAUAACGUAAUUUAUGAUAAUAAUAUGAUUAAAAUUUAUAUACAAUAUUAUCAUUAUUAAAAUUAAUUUGACACAUUCAUUGACACAUUUAUUUAUUGUAUGAAAAUCUUAAAUCUUGGUAUACUAUGAUUGAAGUUUAACUUUUUACUUCGUUGGAUAUUUGAUAAACAGUAAUUCCAUUGUUUUUUUUAUUUAUUUAUAUGAAUUUUAUUAUAUAAAAUAGAAACAAAAGUGCAAAUAUGUCUAAAAUAACUGGUUAUGAUACACAUGAUGAUGGACCAGGUUUUGUUGGUAUUAGAUUUUGUCAAGAAUGUAAUAAUAUGUUAUAUCCAAAAGAAGAUAAAGAAAAUAAAGUUUUAAUGUAUGCAUGUAGAAAUUGUGAUUUUAAACAACUCGCUGAUAGCAAUUGUAUUUAUGUGAAUAAGAUUAUGCACGAAAUAGAUGAAUUGACACACAUUGUCGCAGAUGUUAUAUCAGAUCCUACUUUACCAAGAACAGAAGAUCAUCCAUGUCCAAAGUGUAACCAUAGAGAAGCAGUAUUUUUUCAAGCACAAACUAGACGAGCAGAAGAAGAGAUGAGGUUAUAUUAUGUGUGUACUAAUCAGCAUUGUUGUCAUAGAUGGACAGAAUGAAAUUUCAGAAACUUUGUACAUAUUAAAUUUAUAUAUUUAAAAUAUAAAAACUAAGGAUGUAUAUUAUUAUAAAUUAUUAUAAAAAAAAAUUUUAAUAAAACACAUUUUUGUAUUUUUCUUAA